CCGCGACUCGCAGGGCGCUGGGUUUUCCCGACCACCCUUUCCCCUCCCCACCCGCCCAUCUCCCUCCCUCCCUCCUUCCCUCCCUCCCCUCCAGAAUUAAAGUUGGGACGGUCGCGCUCCGGGGAUGGGUGCGAGCCACCGCCUCUGCUGCCGGCUCGCUCCGCUCCCUGCCCACACCGCCCGGAGCCCGCGCCCCCGCCCGCCCGCCCAGGAGGGAUGCCGCUCCGGGAGCUCCUGGCGCUGCUCCGCCGCUGCUGGCCCUCCCUGCUGCUGCACUGUGCCCUCCACCCGCUCUGGGGCUCCGUCCAGAUCACUCAGGGUGAGCCCCAGAAGUCAUGCUCCAAGCCUGUAGCAGAGAAAGUCACAGAGAGCUGCCAGGAAAUAUGCCAGUGCAGGCCACCACCACCAUUACCACCACCUCCUCCACCUCCACCGCCCCCGAGGCUGCUAGUCGUGCCAACUCCCAAGUCUACGUUUUGUCCCACUGAAGAGACCUGGUGGCCAGGCCUGGUUAUUAUCAUUGCAGUAUGCUGCGCCACACUAGUGUUCCUCUUCAUAGUUGUCAUCAUUUGCUACAAAGCCAUAAAAAGGAAACCAAUGAGAAAAGAAGAGAAUGGAACCAGUCGGGCUGAAUAUGCAAUGACCUCCUCUCAAAACAACAAAACAGUUGAUAACAAUGCGGUUGUAUAAUCCCCGAAACCCCGCCGAGGUGCAGGAGGUGGUAAACUGUCAAAGCACACACACAGAGCAGGCAAGGUGGGUGAGAUAAGGCAACGGAAGGAGCUCUGUGGCCAAGGACUUCAUUUCAGAAACAGUGCACGCAUCAGUGAUUCAGAAGAGAAAAGCAGGCUGCUCUUCAGGCUGCUGCUUCUCCAGGGGAGGAUAAACUUGCCCACCUGGGCUGCCCAGAGAAAAGGCCUCACAAAGGCAUAAGCAUUGCAUGCUGCAUCUCAUGAAAGCAAUGUCGCAAUGCCUCCCGCUUCUUCUUCCUCCUCUCUUCCCGCGCCCCACCCCUUUCCCCCCCCCCCCCCCCCCUUUUCAUCUUGAAUUCAGUGUCCACAAAAAGCUGCUGAAAUAGGAUCUUCUGAGGAGAAGGUGAUCUGCCAGACUGGCAGCAGCUUAUUAUAAAUGGGUCUGAGGGUCAAGGAUGGGAGGUGUCACCUACGUGCUUCUCCAGCCUGUGCAGUUCUGUACACUUAUACUUCAUCCUUAUCAUCCCUAUUAUUUCAUUAUUAAAAAGGGAACAAAGGUUCCUGUUAAACCAUCAAGUAACCAAAAAUUGCAUGACCUUGUGACACCCCAGGAAAUUCAUCUGCAGUCUGAUGACUAUGCAAUUUCCAUGGCUGAAGACUUUUCAGACAAAAGAAAUCAAAAUGUAAGAUUUUAGCAAUUAGCAUUGCUAUUGAAAGAGAGAGAUUAUUAAGAGGUGCUUUGAACGUUAUUAUUUCAUAAUCAUCCUCCUUUUUUGCAUCACACUUUAAUUUUUAUCCUUAAAAAAGCUUUUCCUUUGUGAAAUUCCACACAUUUCUCUGUGUUUGCAUCAUGCUGAUUCCCCAGGGAAACCCUGACAGGAAAGAUGUUGUGUCCAUCUUGGCAUGAGUAUUUGGGUGGGAUUGUGAUGGAAGUACUAGCAGCCCUUUGAUGUCUUCUUCAUUCACUGACUAGUGUCGUUUCCUGAAAGCGUUGAGUCUUCUGAACUGACCCACCGAGGUCAUUGUAGGUCUGGCUUCGAGGACCACUUUUGAGGGUCUGGUAAGCUAGUUGUGCCCACGUUAACUCAGUUUCUGCCUCUCCUGGGCAGAGGCUGCCGAUUGUGCCAAAUUCAGCGUAGUAGCUUAGUGUUGUACUUUCCGUGACGUGGAUUGCAGACUACUUAAAGCAAAACUGAAUCCACCCAAAUUCCUUUCACGUAGGAUCUCAGGUUAGACUCAGUAAGGAACCCUUAGGAUAAAGGCGAUGAGACUAGCCAAGAUGCUGGUUUUUCCCCACCUCCUGAAAGCUGUCCUUCGUAUAACACCACCAUGUAUGUGUCUCCAUUUACCUCUGUGCUGAAAGUCAUGACGCAGUGAAAGACAAAUUUCCACCCUGGCUUCUUGUCUGGACAUUCAAUACCACUCAGUCUCCAUGUCUGUGAGUAACUACCAGGCUCUGACCUAGUCUCACCCCAGGGCAUGGCUGCGCCCCAGCCACCAUGUCCCUUGGUACUGCAACACAUCAAUGCUUUCAGUUUUAUAUAAGGAUGUGCCUGAACUGCAGAAAUCAGACCUUGAUUUUGAACACAUCCCUGUCUGUGGUUGGUCUGUCGCCAGGAUGUAGAGUUUGGGCUGAUGGCAGAGAAAGACGAUGGUCUGCAGACCUUCCACAAAAAAGCUCCAGGAUGUUCAGAUCAGCACUUCCAGCUCAGGCCCAUCUGUAGUUUUCUAUUACCUAUUGAAUAAUAGGGUGUAUGUAAAUAUAAGUAUCUUUUCAAUGAUAAAAUGAAAUGCUGCUAUAUACUGCUGUUGAGGAAUUUAUGGAGUUAUUAAUUUAGCUUUUUAGCCUGUCAUCACUAUGUAGAGGUUUAGCUACAUGAAAUUAUUUUUUAAAGGCUAGACUUUCUUGAGAAGUGAAUGCAAUUACAAAAGUGAAAGGGAAUAAGUAACCCUUUGCCCAAUAGUAUGAUCAUUCCCUGCCAUAUUCAUGUUGUGUGCUUGCACAAGACACAGUUAUAUAUUCCUAGAUCCAAAGUGUGAUUAAAAUGACAGAAUUUACAUUUUGAGUCUAGUAUCCCAAAUGUCGAUUGCCUAAAGCACUUAGCCCCUAAAUACUAUAAUAAAAAUAUUGCAAGUAUAUUUCUAGAAUAUUUUUUAAGCUAUAACAUUUAUUUUGGUGUAGUUACCUAUGUUUGCCUUUCUUUUUUUACUCCAGUUGUUUCUGCCUAAACAUGGCAUAGUUUGAGACUGGUUGCAUGUUUAGCUGAGAGUAUAAAGUAUGAAUGCAGAUGAGAUUAGCAUGAUAGGGGCUCAGGAUUAGCACUUUCUCCUUAAGGUUGUUGAUUUUAUUUAUUUCCUAAUACAGCUUUAAAGGUAUGCUCUGUAAGGCCAAAAUCACAAAAGGGAUUUGUAGCUCAUCAUGUCCAUCAAAAUGUGUCUGUUUUUGCAAGAAAAAGUCUAAAGAGAUGGUCACCAAACACUGUCUGAUUUUCAGCGAUGUCAAUGAGAAAACGUCCUCACUAGAGAAAACCCUGGUGCAUGACAUAACCCACAAGCAAACCCACCCCGGUUUCCCUGAGGUCUCCUCGGGAGAACAUACACAUUAAGGAGCAUGGAGAGCCAGGAGGCAGGGCAUUUCAAGGAGCAGCACAUGAAGACUAGGAUCUGUUUUCAACUCUGCCACUGAUCUGCUGUUUACUAGCAAGUAAUUUUGCCUCUCUGUGCCUCAAUUUACCCAUCUGUAUAAUCAAGAUAAAAAUACCAGCUCUGUGGCAGUAUUUUGAGAGCUAUAACGUGUCUGAUUUGCAUAGGCAGAUAUACACUAUAAUUAUAUCCAACAUGUUGAUAUUAAGUAAAUGUAUUAGGGCACAUCAUUGCUAUAAUAUUUCUUAAACAAACAUUCCCCAGUGUACUUCUAUAAUCUGAUGGCCACAGAAGUUCAGCAGCAGACAGGCUGAGAGCUGCUCCUCUGCUUGUCCAGAGCCUUUGCUCUCAGCACUCACACAGCUGCAUGGCAGGGAGAGACGGGAAAUCUUGCACGGGGUAGUUUUGCCUUUAGAUUGCUGCCUAAGUACAGUUGACUACAUUGCACCAAAAUUUAAGGUGAUCUUCAGAAAGGCGCUUGGAAAAGUGUUCUAGAAGCAGAUGUAAGACUUCAGAAAAGAAAGGCCAGAAAGGCAGUGUCACUGCGGAGUGGUUUCUGAAGUAUGCCGAUGUGGUUUAAGGCUGUGUUUAACACUCUGCAGACUACUUGCAAAGCUUUUAUAAAUGAGGCUUCUGUGCUUCCUUAUUGUGCUAUAAUUAAAUACAAAGGGAAAGGAACAGUCUUGAUGGAUAAGGGCUUCACUAAGCAGUGACCCUGGAUUUGAGGAACUGGCAAUCCAAAAUACAGCUUUACAAGUAUUUCAAGUUUAGUUUUAGCCAUCAAAAUAUCAGGGGUAGAAAGGCCCUGCAUAGCUCCGUUCACAAAAUAGCCAGAUCCCCGACAGACACAGAGGUGGCCAAUUCCUACUCAGACAUUAACUGCUGUGCUCUGACCACCACCAGACAGACUCCACAAACUGCUGUGCUCAGUCUGCAGGAGAGCAUCAACUCCAAGUUUCUUCUCAAGGAUCACCACUAGCAGACAAAAGCAGGGAAUGCACUUUAAUGGCCUGAGCUGCAGAGUGUUGAGUUUCCUCGGUCCUCAGCAGCACCGGGAAGGUGGAGCUGAAGCCCCAGCGCUGCCACCCUUCCUGGCUCAGGCUGGACACAGUGGUGUGCCCAGGAAAGCAUCUCCACCUUGGAUAGAUGCUGCAAAAACAGACACGGAAGAAAAGAGGAAAGUUCCACUAAGUAUAAGAUAUAAAUAUAUUGAGAGAUAUAUAUCUAUACAGAGACCUAAUUGUCCAGUCUUGCAUGCCAUAUGGUCACAGCAUGUGAAGCAAGUGUGGGCCUCCUGCUCCAACCAGGUCAUGACCAUAGAUGCUGCCAAGCAACGGAGAAUCAGGCCUAUGGUAGAUACGUAUUUAUAAUACUCCCUGCACCUGUACAAACAGAAAUAUAUUAUUUUAAACUGCAAAAUAGUGUGUUUAAAUCAAUGCAUGAAUGUAAAUAUUCUAAGAUCUGCCUUCUUGACUGUGCACCACAUGUACAGAUGAAAACAAAUAUUGUUUAUAGGAAAUCUGUAUCAGUGGUUAAAUGACUAAAGAGAAAAAAAUUAUCAGAAUUAAUGUUGUCAUGUUUCUCAAACAAGCCAUUAAUGUAUAUUUAGUAUUUAAGGAUAUUGCUCAAUAAAUAUGUUCCGUACCAAAAACUGUGUUGCAUAUACAGAUUGUGCAGUACCCUAUUUUACAAAGGCACAUAAUUAAUUUUUAUUUUAAAUAAAUAUGUACUUGUAAAAAGUU